AUGCAACAGUUCUGUUGCUGUCUGACAAGCCGCACGGAUAAAGUGUCGCCCGGCGAAUCGUUCGACCAUUCUAAAUCACCUUCACCGAGCAGCCAUGAAUCGGUCAACGUUUUCCAUUCGGAACGUCAUUGUACGGAUAUACUGUUUAUUGCCAUUAAAGCAGCCUUCAUACUGAUUCUGCUGGUCCUCAUUAUCUACUGCAUGGCGUUUGGAGAUAUCUAUCGCAUAAUAAAUGGCUACGAUGACUGCGCCAAUGUCUGCGGACGUGACAACAAACCGGACCAGAAUCUUCCGUGCAAGGGCGCAGAUAGGACAGACGAACGAUUUUUGCUGGUCGAAGGAACCGGAGUGACCGAAAGCGAUCUGCAUCGUAUGUGCGUCGCAAGCUGUGAUGAUGUCGAAGGCUUUAAACCGUUUCUGAAUCGAUGCAUACGAAAAAACAACCCCACGGAAGAGGUGGCCACCCGCACUGGGCUGAAGAACUUUUUCCAAGAAGUAUCGGAAGAUCUCGAAGCUUGCCAUCGGGAGAUGCUUUGGCUGGCGGUGAUAGCGUUCGUCUUUUCCCUGCUAACGCUCCUACUGUUGCGCGUAAUACCGGGUCUGAUCGUAUGGUUGGUACUGUUAGCGGUCGUGUUGGCCUGUACCGCCGGAACGAUCUGGUUAUGGUUUCGCUGGAAGUACGAAACGGAACAACUGUCCGAAACGGCAGCCGAUUCGGCCCGGAUGCGGAUGAACAAUUGGUUGUAUUAUGCGAUCGCGGCCACUAUUGUAACGCUGAUCGUCUAUCUGGUCAUACUGGUGAUGCGCAAACGGAUUAAACUGGUUGUGCAGUUGUUUAAGGAGGCGGGCAAAGCGAUUGCCAGUAUGCCAUUUUUGUUGGCCGAACCCAUUCUGACGUUCACAACGAUCGCAGCAGUAAUUGUCCUGUACGUGUACUUCACCGUGUGGAUCGAAAGUGCCGGCAUGCUGGUAGUGGAAAGCAACAAUAGCGCCAAAUACGUGAAGGACUCGACCAUGCUCUUCACCCGUUGGUACAACCUGUUCGCUUUCCUGUGGUUUUGUCAGUUCAUCAUCGGCUGCCAGCAUAUGGUCAUUGCGGGUGCGGUAGCCGGUUGGUUUUUCACCCGCAACAAAGCCCACCUAAGCAAUCCGAUCGGCCGUAGCUACUGUAACCUGUUGCGCUAUCAUCUCGGUACCGUCGCACUAGGAUCUUUCAUCAUUGCUCUGGUACAGUUCUUGCGGACAAUGCUGAAACUGUUGAUGCAUUCGGUACGCAAUCCGCAGAACCGUAUCACCAGCUUCCUGUUCGACUGUUGUCAGUGUUGCUUGCAGUGUUUCGAACGAUUCUUGCAGUACCUGACCCGCAAUGCCUACAUACUGACGGCGAUGCAUGGCGAUCCAUUUUGCCAGGCCGGCAAGAACGCGUUUCGGCUGCUAACGAGCAAUGCACUGCGCGUUUUUGCCAUCAAUUCGGUGGGUGAUUUUGUACUGGUGUUGGCGAAAGUGUUUGUCGUUGUCGCGACUGGUCUGAUCGGGAUGGAAUUGAUACAGAAAAAGGCAGGCUUACAUCAUCCGUACGUGCCACUGAUGCUGGUCGGUAUCUUUGCCUACCUGGUGGCACAUUGCUUUAUGACCGUGUAUGAGAUGACGGUCGAUACCAUCUUCCUGUGUUUCUGUGAAGAUUGUGAAAGCAAUGACGGCAUAUCCCGGCCAUACUACAUGUCACGCGGUUUGAUGGAGUUUGUGCAGAAUUCGAAAAAAGCACUCGCCAUCGGUGAGAAUCGUUCCUCCAGCAGAGCAAAAGCACCCAUACACGACGGGAAAGCCUGGAUGGCGGCAGCAACAAAACCGUCCGGUUCACCCGAUGGAACUGUCCAACAACGAGCAACGGCCAUUUCGGAAACAGUAGACUGA